GCGAAGUAGGAGGGACAUCCAAAGAAAAGCGCGGGGAGGGAAGAGAGAGCGAUCCCGACAGAAUGGAAGAAGGCGAUGUGGAUAUGACCGGUGCCGAUGCUAAUGAAGCUGAAUUGGACGACAUGAAGAAACGGUUAAAGGAAAUUGAGGACGAAGCAGCUGCUCUGCGCGAUAUGCAGGCCAAGGUCGAGAAGGAGAUGGGUUCUGUUCAAGAUCCUGGUGGUUCAGGAGCAUCUCAAGCAAGCAGAGAGGAAGUAGAUUCUCGAUCAAUUUUUGUUGGCAAUGUGAGGCUUCUAUUUACAGCUUCUUUCAGUUAUUUAUUAAUUAGAUGAAAUGUUUGAUGCACUGGACUAAUCAUCUCCAUAGAUCACUACAGGCACUUGAAUAUGCCCUUGAUUUCUUCCUUUCCCCUAUUCAUUGGAAAAACUUCUUUCUUCCUCUGGGUGUUUUCCAUACAUUACUCAUUGCUAGGGUGUCUCUAGGAUCCUCUGAAAAUCAGAUUGCUACAGUUGUUAUUCUUUUUACACUAGCAAAUUGAUGUGGUUUGUCAUUAUUGAAUUGAAAGUUUGUUAGAGUUGUGUUUCCUGUGCAUCGUUUCCCCCUUCCCACUAGGAGACGUGGAGGAGGGACGAGAGUGGGAUGGGUGGGGUUGGAAUCCAUGAAGUCUCCUUGUACCAAUUCAGAAGCAUUUUGUCUGGAGUUAGUUUCAUCCACUGGGUCUAGUCUGCUAUGGACUAGCAUGUGACCUAACUUGGAUUCAGCUUAGAACCUGGUUCUGAUGUGAGAGUCUAAUUAGAGCCUAGCCAGGUAUAGGUGAUGCUAAUGACGAUGAACCUCUGUAUAACUUCAGAGGAGCGGAAGGAACUAGACAAAUGCUUUACAAGUGAGACUGACUGGGGAGAACAUGUAGCUUCAGUUUUUCUCAGCUCGUUAUGAUCCUCUUAACUUUAGAUGUGGACGACUUCGUCAAUUGUCUAGCGUCUCCUUUUCCAAACUGCCUAAGUUGAAAGUCCAACAUCAGUUGAGUGUUCCAUGAAGCAACUAUUUGUUGAAUUGUGCUUUGAGUAGUAUUAUCCUGGGUCAAGUGAUAUCCAUUUGGUGGGAACUGUGCUUUGAUUAUUAUUUAUCCGGGUCAAGCGAUAUCGAGGUAGCCAGGUUGGAAGGUAAUAUACUAAUAUGCAUUAUUGAUUAGGCUCCAGAUUGUUAUUCAAUCGUGGGGGAGCUAUAGGCUUGUCAUGGUGGGGAAAAAAGUGAAGGGGAAAAUUUUAUGAAGGGGUUGCCAGGCAUUAUAUAUUCUGUCAUGGUUUUCCCCCUUUUCAGCUUAAUAUCCAAAGUCCAUACUAGUCUACUCUUUUUUCAGCAUAAACUCUUGCUUUGCUUUCUCCAUCCUGUACUAGGUUUAGUUUUAUGCUUGAGCCAAUGGGCCAGGAAAUUGAUUUUCCACCCUUAUAUCUCCAAGGCCUUACUCUACAGGAACAUAAGUUGAACUGAGGUAUUUGAGAUUUUACUGCUCUUGAUUAAUUUUCCUAGAUGAGAUGCCUACUCUAUCAGCUAUUUUGUUCCCCCCUCCUCUUUUGCUUGAGUUUGAGCUUCACAGGGACGUAGUCUUACAAUUCUAGUUUGACCUUCUUCUUUGACUAAACUCGCAGGUCAGGCUUCAUUCUUCGGGUCUCUCUGGUUUGUUAGUCGUGUCAAUAGUGGUUGGGCGUGAUAAAAACCGAGUGGGAAAUUACGGGGGAUGAAAACAAUAAAAAGUAUGGAGAAUAAAAUAUUUGCAUUCAU